CAGCAUUGAUGGUGAAACUCACUCUGUGACCUUCUGUUGCUGAUUUAAAGAUCAGUCGGGAGUCAGACUCGCAGUCGGUGGAAGACUGAGAUGGACACGAGAGAGAUGGUGGCUGGCGUCCUGUUCCUCCUACUGGGGGUAGUGGGAGCAGCCCCGCACGUGCUGGUCCUGAUCCCGUCGGAGAUCCAGCUGGGAAGCCCGGAGAAGUUGUGCGUCGUGCAGCCGGCCGGAGAGGGGGGGAGUGGGGGCUCCCUCGGGGUGACUUUGUUCUACGCCCGAGCCAACAUCACCCUCCUCCAGCUGGAGACGCAGGACAUCGGAGCCCACGGCUGCAUCCAGUUCACGGCACCGGAGGUGGAACUGGGAAAUGAAUGGAAUUCAGUGGCCACAGUCACGGUGAUCGGAUCUGGGGAAUUGGCCGCGAUCAACAUCACCAAGAAGGUUCUCCUGAAGAAGUACCAUUCUCUGACCUUUGUGCAGACCGACAAACCCGUCUACAAACCAGGGCAGACAGUGCGGUUCCGGGUGGUGUCAUUGGACCAGGACUUCCAGCCAACCGUGGAGAAGUACCCGCUGAUAACCCUCAUGGACAUUGAGCAGUAUCGGAUUGGCCAGUGGCUGGGCGUGGAGGGCAGGCAGGGGAUCGUGGAUCUCAGCUUCGACCUGAUUCCCGACUCCCCGAAGGGCUCGUACACGAUCCAAGUGCAGACGUCCAGCAGGAAAGUGACCCACAGCUUCACCGUGGAGGAAUACGUGCUGCCCAAGUUUGAACUGAAGGUUCAUCUUCCCGAACAAAUCACCAUCCUAGACACAACAAUUCCCAUCAAAGUGUGUGGCAGAUACACCUAUGGUAAACCCAUGCGGGGAGAUGUUAACGGCACUGUUUGCCUGCAACCAGUUUACUUCCACCGUUCUCAGAGUAAAUGUCACAUCGUGACGGGCAAGACGGAUACAGACGGCUGCUUCUCCAGGGAUCUGUCCACGGACACCUUCCGGAUCAGGACCAACCGGCGCUCUGGGAACAUCCACGCACACUUCGUAGUGGCUGAGGAGGGGACGGGGAUAACGAGGGAAGGUUCGGGCAGCUGCCAGGUAUCGUCAGAGGUCACCACGAUCAGUUUUGAGGAGGUGGAAGACUACUACAAGACCGGGAUCCCAUACACAGGAAAGGUGAAGGUGAAAUAUGUCACCGGCCGCCCGUUUGCAAACGCACGGAUAUAUUUGUUCAAUUCCCAAUAUCCGGGGGCACAGCAAGUUGUUGCGGACGAGAGAGGAAUGGCCACGUUCACCUUCAACACCUCCACCUGGGAGAUGCAGCCCGUGCAACUCAUGGCCAUUUACCAGCUGCUCUCUGAGGAAUUCCACUCCACAGCCAGCGUUCCCAGACACGCUCCCGCCCGCCAUUCCGUCAAACCCUUCUACUCCAAGUCGGGCAGCUUUAUCUCCAUCGGCAAGGUCGGCAGCGAGAUGCCGUGCGAUUCCCAGCUGGACCUGCCCGUCAACUACGUGUUCCCGAACCUACCGCAGGGAGCUCCUCUCCAUCUCGACCUCUUCCACCUGGUCAUGGCCAAAGGGAAGAUCAUCAGCCUGGAGAGCACCCCCCUCAUCGUCGGGGGGACGCACGCUCCACAGGGGGAGCUGACGCUGCCACUCCGCCUGCCCGCCCUCCUGGCUCCCACUGCCCGGCUCCUGGUCUUCACCGCCCUGCCCAGUGGUGAGAUGGUGGCCCACUCCACACACAUACACAUGGACAAGUGCUUCCGCAACAAGGUGCAGCUGAGUUUCUCCGUGCCGGAGGAGUUGCCGGGCAGACAGGUCUCGCUGCACGUCGGCGCCGCCCCAGGCUCCCUCUGCGGUCUCCGCAUCGUCGACCACAGCGUGCUGCUCCUCAAACCCGAGAGGGAGCUCACGGCACAAAGUGUCUACUCCUGGCUGCCGGUCACUGAUCUGAACGACUACCCCUACUCGGUGCGUGACUAUGACUCUCACAACUGUGUUCCUGAGCCUGACGAUUCACUGCUCUCACUGGACGACAAGAACUCGGUCACUGACGUGGCUCAGUUGCUGCAGGGCCUAGGCCUGAAGGUCUUCACGGACCUGGACUACCAGGUGCCCCUCAACUGUGAAACGCGGAGAAUAGUAGCCUAUGCGAGAUAUGGAGUAGGAAUACCAGGACCGCCAGCACGUGUUCAGAACGUCAUGUACAGCAUGGUGGAGUCAGGAGUGGCGAGAGAUUCCACGGGGCCCAGGCAGCUCCAGGUCCGCCAGUACUUCCCCGAGACCUGGCGCUGGGACCUGAUUCCAGUCGGGCCCGAGGGCCAGGCCUCGGUGGAGCUGACGAUCCCGGACACCAUCACGGAGUGGAAGGGCAGCGUGUUCUGCAACGGGGAGACCGGCUUCGGCCUCUCGCCCACCGCCUCCUUCACCACCUUCAAGCCCUUCUUCCUGGAGCUGGCUCUACCUUACGCCGUGGUCAGGAGCGAGGGCUUCACCCUCAAGGCCAAGCUCUUCAACUACCUGGCCCACAGCCUCAUGGUCAAGGUCACGUUGCAGGAAGCCCAGGGCUUUGAGCUGAAGUCGUCAGACAGCCAAGUUCAAGUGUGUGUCUUAUCUACAGACAGCGUCACUGUCAGCUGGAACCUUACAGCCACCGGGCUGGGGGAGGUGAACGUGACGGUGGCCGCUGAGUCCGUGCUCUCCGCCACUCUGUGCGGGAACGAGGUGGUGUCCGUACCUGAGAGAGGAGCCGUGGACAUAGUACGCAGACCGCUGCUCAUCCAGCCGGAAGGUUCGGAGACGGAGUUGACCCACAGCUUGCUGCUCUGCCCGGCAGGUCAAAGCGUGACGGAGGAAAUCGAGCUGCAAGUCCCGGAGGAUGUGGUGGAAGGGUCAGCACGGGCUUCCGUCACGGUGCUGGGUGACCUGAUGGGCAGCGCCAUGGACAACCUGGACGGUUUGCUGCGACUCCCCACGGGCUGCGGGGAGCAGAACAUGGUGAAGUUCACCCCCAACAUCGUGGUGCUGAGUUACCUGGAGAAAACCCACCAGCUCUCUCCCAAAAUCAGGUCCAAAGCUGUGGGCUUCCUGCAGACAGGUUACCAGCGACAACUCACCUACAAGCACCACGACGGCUCCUUCAGCGCCUUCGGAACCAGCGACCCCGAAGGCAACACCUGGCUGACAGCCUUCGUGCUGCGCUCCUUCCUCCACGCGCGGCCCUACAUCUUCAUUGACAAGGCGGUGCUGCGUGAGGCUGCCACCUUCCUCACCGCCAACCGCCUGCCCACUGGCUGCUUCGCCAGCAUAGGGCAGCUCUUCAACAGCGCCCUCAAGGGGGGAGUGGAUGACACCGUCUCCCUCUCUGCCUACGUGACCACUUCCUUACUGGAGCUGCAGCGACUGAGGCCCACGAUGGCCUCCCAGGUUUAUGAAGAGUCUCAGAACAGGCGUCGCCGCAGAGAUUUGAUCAGUGAUCUAGAUCUCGAGUCUGCUCUCGUGCAGCCCCUGCCCUCCGACUUCAAGAUGGACGUGUUAGGCGGGUCACUGGACUGUCUGCGUCAGGCCCUGGGGACGGUGAACAACACCUACACCCUCGCCCUCCUCGCCUACGCCUUUACCCUCGCUGGAGACGAGACCUCGAGGGACAGCACCCUCCUCCGGCUGGACGCCCUCGCCAUCAAUGAGGAUGGCCAGACCCACUGGGGGCAACGUGAAGGUGGGGAGGAGGGGUUGGGGCACUGGUGGAGGGCCCCCUCGGCUGAGGUGGAGACGACAGCCUACGUGCUGCUGGCCCUGCUCUCCCCCCCCAACAUCAGCCCCACCCAGCUGCAGCGCUCCUCCCCCAUCAUCCGCUGGCUGGUCCGCCAGAGGAACUCGUACGGAGGCUUCGCCUCCACACAGGACACAGUGGUGGCCCUCCAAGCCCUCUCCCUCUAUGCGGCCCUCACCUACUCCCCGAGCCCCUCCUCCGUCUCGCUCACUGGCCCCGGUGGCUUCCAGCGGCUCCUCCACAUCGACGCCCACAACCGGCUGGUGGUGCAGAGAGCGGCACUGCCGGACCCCGGCACCUACAUCGGCAACAUCACCGGCACCAGCUGUAUGCUGCUCCAGACGUCUCUCCGUUACCACACACUGCCGUCUGCCGGUGCUGCCGCCUUCCAGCUCUCCCUCCACCUGGAGCCGUACGGGAAGACGGAGGCAAAGCUGCACAUCAACGUCACCUACACGGGAUCCCGCAACGUCUCCAACAUGGUGAUCGUCAACGUGAAGAUGCUCUCCGGGUAUUCCCCCCAGACCACGAUGCCUAUGGGUGUGAGUCGCAUAGAGUCAAAGGACGGACAUUUCCUGAUGUACAUUGAAAAGAUGGACGCCGGCCAGACCCUCCCCCUGUCCCGUCCGCAUCUUCCAGGAAUUCCCUGUGGAAAACCUGCAGGAGGCCCAAGUCUCCGUCUACGACUACUACGUGACCGACGAGGCCGCCAUUGCUGGGUACAAGUGGCCCACUUCAAGCAAGGAGUAGCAAAUCAUGGAGGAGGCCGCGGGUCGAGUGGAAUGGACACAGAGGCUCCCAGCGCCGGACAGAAGCCGAAAACAAUCUCCAACCAAGAAUCAGCCUCAAUAAAUGACUAAAUCAAUCCUC